GCCAAGCCAUUUAGAAGGUAGUUUAAUGGCUAAGGUAUACCCGAAAAGAUCGAUGAUUGAGGGUUGCUCCGAUGAUGAAGGGUACUCUUCGUCAACGAGAGAGAUCUUCACCGUUUGGAUGAAAUCCCUUGUGAUCAAUGGCAAUGGCUGCACCGUCUUCAACUCCCAAGGCGAUGUAGUGUUUCGUGUCGAUAAUUACCAAACAAAGUCUACCACGGAAACCCUACUCAUGAACUUGCAUGGCCAAGUGCUCUUCUCCAUUAGAAGAAAGAAACUAGUGUUUUUCAAAUGGUGGGAAGGGCGAAAAUGGAAUAACUCAAAGGUUGAUAGGGAUGGGACAUGGUUCAAAGUGAAGAAAAAGUGGAAAGUUUUUGCAAGUCAAUUUGUUUCUUGCCAUGUUGUUUUGAGAUGUAAUAACGUUACAAUAAUGUUGAAGAUUUUGGGAUUUCAAAGGAAAUUGAUGUUUAAGAUUAUGGAUAACGAGGGGCGAGUGUUGGCUGAGGUAAUAGGAAAGCAAACAGCAGGUGGAGUUGCAUUGGGAGAUGAUGUGCUAACAUUAGUUGUAGAACCGCAGGUAGAUCAAGCCUUAGUUAUGGCUCUAGUGAUAACGUAUGCCAUGCUUAACAAAAAAAUGUGAAUUAUAUGUAUGUGUAGCUCAUAUUUUUUAGAUGUAACCCUUUUUUUUUGUUGUUGUUGAGGAAUUGAGCAUUUUUUUGGAGCAAAUCAUGUUUUUUUGGAGUGUGUAUUGUACAUGAACUCCAUUCUUGUAAAAGAAUAAA